AUGGCAGCAUCCAGAGCUCCCUGCCAGUUCCCUAAAGCGGAGUCCCAAGGGACAGCCGUGGCCCAACAGCUCUAUUCUGCCAAGUCAUCCAUGGGGUGUGCUGGCCCAGGGCUCCAGCAGCUCUGGCCGCAGUUAGAUCUAAACGGGGUUCCCGCUCACCCGAUCCACCUUCAUACCCCGGCAGCCCUCAUUGAGAACGCCGGUGUUUUACAGCGAGUCGUCUCCAUGGCAACCGACGGGGUGUCAGAGCCUCAGGAUUACGACUUCACUGCCUGCCACAGCGCGGUGGAGAAGGGGGUGGAUUUUUACGGGGGCCCCAACCACCCUCCGGGGGCAACGGCGGCGCUGGGCAGCGCGGACGACGAGCUGAGCGCCAAGCUGCUGCGGCGAGCCGACCUCAACCAGGGCAUCGGCGAGCCCCAGUCGCCCAGCCGCCGCGUCUUCAACCCCUACACCGAGUUCAAGGAGUUCUCCAGGAAGCAGAUCAAGGACAUGGAGAAGAUGUUCAAGCAGCACCUCGUGCCUUCUUCCCCGCGGCAGUUCCUCCUGAUUUUCCGCAAGGCGGCGGCUGGGGAGCUGCAGGAGGACAGCGGGCUGCACGUGCUCGCCCGCCUCUCCGAGAUCGAUGUGUCCACCGAGGGCGUCAAGGGGGCCAAGAGCUUCUUUGAGGCCAAGGUCCAGGCCAUCAACGUGUCCAGCCGCUUCGAGGAAGAGAUCAAGGCGGAGCAGGAGGAAAGGAAGAAGCAGGCAGAGGAGAUGAAGCAACGGAAGGCGGCCUUCAAGGAGCUGCAGUCCGCGUUCAAGUAGUGAGGGGCGGCGGCCUGACCGCUUGGCCCCGGCUCCCUGGCGCCCGGUCUGGCCCACAGAGGCCAAGCCUGAAUCCCGGGCUCUGUCUGAAGGGACCAUACUUAAAACCUAAAAAGUCUGUGAACGGAGCCAGCGGAGGGGUGUCCGAGGUGCCCCCACACCCCAACCCCGCUCCCCUCCGCUGUUCCCGAGGCCGUGACACCAGUGCUGGCUCCUUGCCUGGCCCAGCCCUCCCCGGCGACUCCUGCGUGUCUGUCGCCCCCGGCUGCCCCUCUGCUGCUCCGAGCCCGGCUCCCAGCCCUAGGGUGCUCCCUGCCCCGGGUGCCUGCCCUCCACACGCUCUCCUUCUCCCUUCCUGGAGACCCCCUGCCCUUAACCUGCAGGCCACACUGCCCCUAGAGCCCUCCAAGCCACUUCGAGACGGGGAGGACAGAUAGCAAGAAUUGGGGCUCUACUGCACUGCCCAGAGCUCCACCUGACGGGCUGAUCAGAGGCACGAGGGCUCCCCCCACCCCCGUGCCCGCUGCCCCCAACAGCUGUUCCCCCGGCCCCUGCCUCCUCUCUCUGCCAGAGGGGAGGGCGCUUCUCUUUGGACAAAGGGACCCAGGCCCUGGCACCCCAUGCUCACAUGGAGAGACCCCCGCUGUCUGGGGCGGGGUGAGGGGGCAGCUGUGCCCAUCUACCUCACCGGCCCACACUCUGCCAGCCACGCCACGGAUCGUGGGCAGGGAAGACUCUGGGGGCAGAAACGCUGCCCUCUAGUCCCCCUGGAAUAGCCCGAGGGUCCCAGGGGCUCUGGAGGGAGCAGGCUGGGGAUGAGGGAGUGGCCCCUUCACUGGGAAGGACCCUAGUGCCCGGCUCCCUUUUCCAGCAGGUGUCUGAGAAGUGCUUUAAAGUGGUUUGCAUGGACCAGGCGGUGGGAAGCAGGGGCCUUGCUUGGCCCUUGCAUGCCAUCUUUCCCCAAGCGAUGUGCACCGCCUUGUCACCAGCGAUGGGACCCGUCCCGUCACCCCCACCCCCUGAGGAAGCAUGGGGACCCCAGCCCUCCAUGUGCCCAUCCGCCGAUGGGCUGCGGCCACGCCUGGGCCACCAGCCCGGUCCUGCACAGCUCCCGGUGUGCCCACUUCCGUGUGUGCGUGUCUGUGUGUGCGUGUGUGUCCGUGUCCGUUGCUGUGUCGUGAAACUGUGCCCGUCAACCAGUCCAAACAAGUGAACGGCCGUCGAGGCCAUGGUUAUGCAACUCCCGUGUAUGUCAUGACAAUAACUUUAUUUUAGUAAAAUGCCCCCAAGAGUCCACAAAACUCCUGUCGGAUUUGCAGAGGUUUUAUUUUUUUGGCCUUAGAAUCUGCAGAAAUUAGCAGGUACUGACCCCAGUGCGGCAGCCUUGGCCCCGAAUUGCGUUUGCCUUAGCGGAUAUGUUUAUACAGAUGAAUAUAAAAAGUUCUUUUUCUUUGGC